GUCACCCCUCAUCCGGAGACAAGAGACAACUAUGUGCUACAAGCUCGGUCCUCCAGACCCUGCAUCCGCAGACAAAGCACCCAAGGAUACAUAUUUUACCUGCCGCAAACUCACCGAGAAUCUUUUUUACAUCACCGAGGACGACAAAUGGGGCGAGAAUCCGUUUAUUUACGUGCGUCUUUACGCCUCUACAGUCGUCCUAAUUGAUACUGGCUGCGGGGGCCCGCACAAUUCUUCCGAUGCUGACUUCACGUCCCUCCGGCAUUUCAUCGAAGAGUAUUCCGUCGCAGACAACGACAGUCAACCUCUUAACCCGGGAGGCGCCAAAAACUACACCGUGAUAUGCACUCAUUGCCACUACGACCAUAUUGGCGGGAUUAUGCAUUUUACAGAGUCAUCAACCACCUCUGUUGUGGCUAGUUCUUACGAUAAAGAUUUUAUCGCCGGUCCAGAUAGACUGCCAACUUCGUCUCUCUGUCGCUUUGUUGGAAUGAAUACGCCCAAGUAUUCCGUGACUGUUUGGGCUGAGGACGGCCAGUCAAUCACUGAUAGUGCAGGCAAUGAUCUGGGCCUUGUGCUAUAUCAUGCUCCCGGUCAUACCCCAGACCAACUCGCUAUCUGGGAUGCCCAAGAAAGAUUUCUCUUUGUUGGAGACACAGUAUACGAGCAUGCCCCUAUAUUGUUCCCUAUAGAGGGAAAUAUUAAAAACUAUGUUGCAACCAUCAAGAGGCUUCAAGGACUCGUCAAAGGAUGGAAUUCUACAGAGAGCCAAAGUAUGUACAGGAACAAACCCAGACAGUUUUGUGUUGCUAAGAUUCUAGGUCGUGUUUUAAUGGCAUGUGGACACUUGACGUGUAAUGCCGAUGCUGGGGAACUACUGAGGAGGUGAGGGCAUGUCUUCAGCAGUCCCUCGUAGGGACUAUUCAGCCUAAACCUUGUGAGCUUGAGCGUGGUGAAGAUCUAGAAUCCUACACUAGUGCGGAUAAGAGAGUCAGCUUCCAGGGACCACGGAGUUAUUUCGUAAAAGCACGGGCAGACCAAGAUUUAAUGAGUGAACUCACCUGAUCUGUUGAGAAGACUAAUUAUAUAGUUGAAUUACAUACACAGUAAGGAAUUCAACACAGACAGUAUGUGAGUAUGCUAAACAACCUCCUGGAAUGCCACAGCGUCGAGGUUGGCACCGACCUCGGCGCAGCUGAAUCCAAAAGUAACGCUAACAUAGUCAUACUGAGACAGCAUCUCCUCCGUAAGCGUGCAAGUUGUAUCCAGCGGGAACCAGUUAUCGACGGCGACGCUAGG